AUGGGAGAAUAUUAUUGGAUUUUUCUGCUGCUGGCUACGGUAGCCGUAGUUUCGCCGCUUCAGACCGCUGACGAGCUGCAUCAUUUGCGCUCCAAGCGGCAAAUCCAUCCAAUCCGCUGCACCGUCGACAGCGACUGUCAUAAGGGCCAAGUGUGUCAGGGAAAGUGGCUUUGUGGCAACUUCCCAAAACCCGGCAGCUGCCUGAACGAUGCGGAUUGCAUGGAUGGGCUUUUGUGCAGAAUCUACCCCGACGGCGAGUCGAGCUGCAUCCCGCCCCGCCCGCCCUGGGAGCCG